AUGGGUGGGAUUGGUAAGAAAACCCUUGCCCAGCUUGUUUACAAUGAUGCUUCCAUUCAACCUCAUUUUGACCUCAAAGCAUGGGCUUGCGUUUCUGAUGAUUUUGAUGUUUUGAGAAUAACAAAGGAAAUCUUGCAAUCAGUCACUUCCAAGCCAUGCAAUGAUAAUGAUUUGAAUAAAGUUCAAGAAAAGUUACAAAAGGAGUUGUCCGGGAAAAAAAUCUUAAUUGUUUUAGAUGAUGUCUAGAAUGAGAAUUAUUAUGACUAGACUAUCUUACAAUCUCCUUUCAAAACAAAGACCCAAGAAAGCAAAAUUAUUGUGACAACAAGAAACCAUGAUGUUUCAUCAAUAAUGGGUGCCUUGCAUGCUCAUUCCUUAGAGCUUUUGUCAGCUGAUGAUUGUUUGUCUGUAUUUGCUCAACAUGCACUGGGAGCAAGGGACUUUGAAGGACAUCCAAGCCUAAAGGAAGUUGCUGAGAAGAUAGUGAGAAAAUGCAACGGUUUGCCUUUAGCUGCUAAAACCCUCGGUGGCUUAUUACGCUUUAAUGUAGACCUUCAUGCUUGGGAAGAUAUUGUCGAAACCUCUUUUUAUAUUGGGGAGGGUACCAGCGAAAAAUCUAUCAGUGAAUACGCUGGCGUUGAUUCACGCAUUGAUCGUGGCAUAAUACAAGGCCGAAGUCACGGCGUUGAUGAACUCCACUGA